AUGACGGAGCACAACAGAAUCGCUGUGUAUGGCCACAGGGGCUGGGCAAGCUCAGCCAUCGUUCGCGCCCUCUCGGACAGUGGAGCCACAAUCACAAUCCUACAUAGGGCCAGCUCGGACACACAUGGGCUUCCUUCUGGGGUCAAAAGAAUACAAGUGGAUAUCAAUGACCGUGAAGCCUUGGUUGCCGCCUUGCAAGACAUUGAUAUUCUCAUAUCUCUUGUGGGCCACGAUGGUGUUCAAAGUCAGCAUGCAUUUGUCAAAGCAAUCCCACACACACAUGUCCAGUUGUUUUGUCCAUCGGACCUUGCGGCCCGUUAUGACGAACAGGGGCUCCAGAUUCCGGUGAACAAAGCCAAAGACGAGGUUGAGAGGGCGGCCAAAGAGACAGGUAUCUCCACCAUAGUGGUGCUACCCGGAAACUUUGCCGAAUUUGCAUUGAAUACAAAGGCGAUGGGAGUGGAUAUCCCGGGGAACAGAAUCAUCUUCACUGGUGACAGCGCUGAGCGUAGACUGAAUUUGUGCACAAGAGACUACGUUGCUGCUGCAUAUGCCUCCAUAUUUGCGGCAACCCCAAUCUCGCAGCUGCGGAACCGUUCAAUCUGCUUGACGGAGCUCUCGCCGACGGGUGAUGAGAUAGCAAAAGCACUGGAGGAGAAGAACGCCGCCCCACCCAAGACCAUCGUGCACAGCCUCGACAAAGUCAACAACGAGAUAAAGAGUUGUUUACAGUCGGGGACCCCCUUCGCCCUUCCAUGGUACUGCCGCAAAAUAUGGGGCAAUGGAAAGCAAGCGAGCAUGGUGGGAUCGGACGUCUGGAAUGUCGGUGGGUGUCGAAAGGUUGGUAUCCGGGAGCUCAUCAUCGACGGUCAGCUGGAAUCAUACCGCGACCUACCUCCACAGGUUGGCGAGUAUUUCGAGUCCACCUUUGAGUGA